UUCUCCAUAUUUCUAGAUUUAUAUUUUUUCAUAUUUCUGCAUUUCUUUUUAUAUUAUAAUUUGCCGGCUUUUAAUUUGCCCUGGGAUUCGAGGGCUUUCAUUCAUCACUCUUCCUUCUCUUGACGCUGUCACUUUCGUUUUUUUUCUCUCUACUGCUCUUCCAUCAUCUCAGCCAUUAUCAUAUCAAUAAUUUUUAUUUUUUAAUCUGCAAAUUUCUCGACUUUAGCCCGUUUCACCUCAGCUUGUUUGGUUUAAUAACACCACAAAAGAAUAAUAAUUACAUCAAUAAACCAGUAAAUAAAUAAAUAAAUAAAUAAAAUGAAAGAUAUAACUCCUGUCGAUUUUGAAGUUAUUGUGAUUGGCGCUGGUGUCGUUGGUUCAGCUUUAGCUACAUCAUUGGCAAGAUCCGGUCGAAAAGUUUUGUUGAUCGAAAGAGAUUGGGCUGAGCCAGAUAGAAUCGUCGGUGAAUUAUUGCAACCUGCAGGCCUCAGAGCUUUGAAAUCGUUGAAAUUAAUACAAGCUGUUAACAACAUCGAUGCAAUUCAUGUUGAUGGCUACUUCAUAUCCUUCUACAACAGAUUUGUCACAUUAAAAUAUCCCUAUAAAUCAGAAGUCCCAGUUACUUCAGAAAUCAUAAGAAAUAAUACAUCUCAGAAUUUCGAUAAUUACAAAUCCCUAUUAACCGACAAAACUCUAGAUUCUGUUUUCUUUUCAAAUUGUGAAAGAGAAAAGGGUGUUGCUUUUCAUCAUGGAAAAUUCAUAUCAAAUUUAAGAUCCUUUUGCAAAUCAGAAAAAAAUAUAACUUGUUUACAAUCCUGUGUAACUGAAAUCCUAAAAAAUGACUUUGGCGAAGUAAUUGGCGUUAAAACUUCCGACAAUAGAAAAUAUUUCUCUCAUUUAACUUGUAUAUCUGAUGGUAUCUUUUCAAAAUUUAGAAAAAUCUUAGAUCCAAACAAUAUUCCAACUGUUUCCUCUCACUUUGUGGCCUUGACCCUUGAAAAUGCAAAAUUACCAGCUCCAAAUCAUGGCCAUGUUAUAUUGGGCAAACAUGCUCCAAUUCUAAUCUACCAAAUAUCCCCAACAUCAACAAGAAUAUUAUGUGCCUAUCGCUCUACAAAACUACCUUCUAUCAAUGAUCCAGAGUUUCAAUCCUACUUGAAUGCUACUGUAUUAUCUUCCUUACCCAAAGAAACACAACCUUCUUUCAGACACGCUUUAAAAACCUCGAGAAUAAGAAUCAUGCCAAAUUCCUAUCUACCUGCAAAGAGAAACGACGUCCCCGGUUGUUUAUUAAUCGGUGAUGCUUUGAACAUGAGACAUCCUCUAACUGGCGGUGGUAUGACUGUUGGCCUCAGCGAUGUUGCUUUGAUUUGCAAAAUCCUCUCUCCUGAAAAAAUUCCUUCCUUUGAAGAUAAAUCAAUUGUUUUGGAUUCAAUCCAAGAUUUCCAUUACCAAAGAAAAUCUCUUGAUUCUGUAAUCAAUGUCUUGUCUAUAGCAUUGUAUGCUUUAUUUCAAGCUGAUUCAAAAUAUUUACAAAUUUUGCAAAAUGGUUGUUUUAAUUAUUUUCUUUGUGGUAAUGAAUGUGUUGAAAUACCUAUGGGCUUAUUAUCAGGUUUGCUUCCAAAACCCUUUUUAUUAUUCAAACACUUUUUUUCUGUUGCCAUUUAUUCUGUCAUUUGCAAUUUUAAACAAAGAGGUUUAUUUGGUUUUCCCAUCGCUUUAUUCGAAGCUAUUUUAACUUUUUAUACUGCAAUUGUAGUAUUUGUCCCUUAUUUAUGGGUUGAAUUGGUCUCAUAAUUUUUUUCACAAUCCUUUAAUUUAACAUUAUUUUACACAUAUUCUUUUAUCUAACUCCUUACUAUUCUAUACUCUGCUGAAUAAAUCUCUUUUAUUUUUUUAUUUUUUUAUUUUAAGUUUAUAUUUGUAUUUUUUGAAAUUGUUAAAAAGAGAAAUGAGCAAAGGAAAAUAAGCAAAGGGAAUAUAUGUAUAACAAUAAAAUAAAGCAAAUUGAAAUGGUUGAAAUGGUUAAA